CAAUGAUAAACGUGGACAUAUUUCUUGUUACAUAUCUCUCUAUUAGUAGUGCUAUGUCACAGUGGUAUGGUCUAAGGCCUGACUCCCUUUUUACCCCUAUCCGCUGUAAAGAGCAAUAUGUCGCUAGUUUGCUUCAUUGUGCAGCACUUGGAGGUGAAUCAAAAGAUGUGAGGUUUUCCUUUAACCUUGAACAUAAAUAUUGUCGAUGGAACUGUACGAAUACCUUCUUAAACACAACUGAAACACAAAACAAAGACUGGAGUCUAUAUGUCAUCAAAGAGAAGAGAAACGCAGCUCUUUUGCGACCAUCCACUGCAUCUUCUGUGUACAGUAAUGGCCCGUCUUUGUGGGGUACCCAAUAUGCUACUGAUGGGUUACAUUCAUUUAACACAUAUAACCACAUAUUUGUAAGUCAAUUGGAAACAUCUCCAUGGAUUAUGGUAACAUUGGACGGACCACUACUGUUAUCAUUUGUCCGAGUUUACAAUAGAGGAGACUGCUGUGGAGAGAGAUUUCAUGAUGUUGCGUUUGAGGUGUCCAUUGACAGAGCUUCUUUUGAACAGCGAGGAUUUUUCCGAGGACCAGGGGUUACUGGGCGGAUGGAGGAGGUUCUGUUAGACUACCCAGCAAUAGGGCAAUAUUUUAGAAUGCGCAUAACACAAGGUUCAAGUAAUUAUCUCAACUUUGAAGAGAUUGAAGUUUACACACCAUAUUAAUUUUUUUCCUUAAUAAAAACUGUUUGAUUUUGUAAAUUCUAAAUUAGUGUUAUUCAAAAUGAAACUGAAUUGGACUUUACCCAUUGCUUAAGUUAACACUAUACUUGGAUUUGAAAAUUAAACGUAUAAAGAUUAUGUGAAAUGUUGAAAUGUUCAUCAGUAAUUGUAAAUGUGGAUCACCUUUUUUGUGUAAUUACUAAUUACAUGAUCAAACA